GAUAACAAUAAAAUGAAAUGAAAAUAAUUUAAGGAAAACGAAUCGCCGCCAUAUUAUUUUUUGCAACACAUAACCUUAAAAUUAUUGCAAACCACGUCAUCUAGUGAAAUAUACACACAUAUAUAAAGAAUAAUAAAAUUUAAAAAGUGAUUAUUCAGGUGUCAACAAUGAUUAACACUGGGAAAUUAGCAGGUUGUACUGUUUUUAUAACAGGAGCAUCGAGAGGUAUUGGAAAAAGUAUUGCAUUGAAAGCCGCGAAAGAUGGAGCAAAUGUUGUAAUUGCUGCAAAAACUGCUCAAGUUCAUCCAAAAUUACCAGGAACAAUUUAUACGGCUGCGGAGGAAAUUGAAAAGAAUGGUGGACGUGCACUUCCAUGUAUUGUUGAUGUUAGAGAUGAAGGACAAAUUAAAACAGCGGUAGACAAUGCAAUUAAAAAAUUUGGUGGUAUUGAUAUUCUUGUAAAUAAUGCUAGUGCAAUUUCAUUAACAAGUACACUUGCCACUGAUAUGAAACGAUAUGAUUUAAUGAACAAUAUUAAUGCGAGAGGAACUUUUCUUGUGUCGAAAAUGUGUUUGCCACAUUUGUUAAAGAGUAAAAAUCCUCACAUUGUUAACAUAAGUCCACCAUUAAAUAUGAAUCCAAUUUGGUUUAAAAAUCAUGUUGCCUAUACAAUGGCAAAAUAUGGAAUGUCAAUGUGUGUUCUUGGUAUGGCAGAGGAAUUUAAAGAUGAAGGAGUUGCAGUAAAUGCUGUAUGGCCUAAAACAGCUAUUCAAACAGCUGCUAUUGAAAUGUUACAAGGUGGCGACUCAGCAAAUUAUAGUAGAAAACCUGAAAUUAUGGCAGAUGCCGUUUAUGCCUUAGUUUGUAAAAAUAGUAAAUCAGUUACUGGAAACUUUUUCGUUGAUGAGGAUUUAUUAAGAAAAGAAGGAAUUACAGACUUCACUCAAUAUUCAUGUGUCCCAGGAAAUGAACAAAGUUUAAUGUUAGAUUUUUUUCUGGAUGAAUCGAUAAAUUCACAACAAAAUGAAAAUAAGACUGAAAAUAAUAAUUGUGCUACUAAAAUAGCUAAUUUAUUUUCAGUUAUUGAUGGUAAUUUAAAUUCAGAGCUUGUCGAUAAAGUUGGAGCAAUAUAUCAAUUUAAUGUGAAAGGAGAAGAAGAGGGUGUUUGGUUCAUAGAUUUAAAAAAUGGAAAAGGUGCAACUGGUAGAGGUGAACCAAAUCAACCAGCAGAUGCAGUUCUCACUAUGGAUUCGCAAAAUUUCUUUGCCAUGUUUACUGGUAAAAUAAAACCUGCCUCUGCUUUUAUGACUGGUAAAUUAAAAAUUACGGGCAAUAUUCAAAAAGCAAUUAAAUUAGAGAAACUAAUGGUAAAUUUAAAGUCAAAACUUUAAAGAACUUUACUAACAAUUUAUUAAUCAAAUAUAAAAAGUUUUGAUUUAUUACUUUAAAUAGGUAUUUAUCGAUAAUGACAAUAUUUAUAUAUAUAUAUACAAAUUGUUGAUCUAUAUUUUUUAUAAUCAUAUAUAAAAGUCCAUGUUCUUUUUUAAAAGAUGUAAUAUAAGGAAGCAAAUAAAAGGUAUGUUUCUUCUGAUUUAAAAUUUA